UUGGUGUCACGCACAUGACGUCACCCAGCGUCGGCCCGUGACGCUGCGUCUCUUUGUUGGCCCAGCAGCAGCGUCGCUCCUCUGUUGUUGUUUUCUCUGCUCCUAGAAAAACUGGAAUGCUAGCAAGCUAAAGAAGUAUUCUCGUUUUGUUUUGCUCUAUCUGCCAAAUAAUACACAUCAAACUUAUCCCACUUUACAUUAAACGCAACCCAGUCAUGGACUCAGACGAGGGUUACAAUUACGAAUUCGAGGACGAGGAAGAGGAAUGCAGCGAAGACAGCGGCGAAGAGGAGACCGCCGACGACACCCUGGAGCUCGGCGAGGUGGAGUUGGUUGAUCCCGUUGUGGCCGGCGGAGAGCGAGACGACUGCGGGGAGACGGGAGGCAGCGGCCUCGGGCCUGGGCAGGAUGAGGAAGACUACCGCUUUGAAGUGCUAACCGCCGAACAGAUCCUGCAGCAUAUGGUGGAGUGUAUCAGGGAGGUCAACGAGGUCAUCCAGAAUCCUGCUACAAUCACUAGAAUAUUACUUAGUCAUUUCAACUGGGACAAAGAAAAGCUGAUGGAAAGGUACUUUGAUGGUAACCUGGACAAGCUAUUUUCAGAGUGUCACGUUAUAAACCCCAGCAAGAAGUCUCGGACACGCCUCAUGAACACAAGAUCGUCGGCACAGGACAUGCCAUGUCAGAUCUGCUAUCUCAACUAUCCUAACUCGUACUUCACUGGUCUGGAAUGUGGGCACAAGUUCUGCAUGCAGUGCUGGGGUGAUUAUUUAACCACCAAAAUCAUAGAGGAAGGAAUGGGACAGACCAUUUCUUGUCCUGCUCAUAGCUGUGAUAUUCUGGUGGAUGACAACACGGUCAUGCGACUGAUUACAGAUUCAAAAGUGAAGUUGAAGUACCAGCAUUUAAUAACCAAUAGUUUUGUAGAGUGUAACCGACUGUUAAAAUGGUGUCCAGCACCUGACUGUCAUCAUGUUGUCAAAGUACAGUACCCAGAUGCCAAACCUGUACGGUGCAAGUGUGGUCGGCAGUUUUGCUUCAACUGUGGAGAAAAUUGGCACGAUCCAGUGAAGUGUAAGUGGUUAAGGAAAUGGAUUAAAAAAUGUGAUGAUGACAGUGAGACAUCAAACUGGAUUGCAGCAAAUACAAAGGAAUGUCCAAAAUGCCAUGUCACCAUAGAGAAAGAUGGUGGCUGCAACCACAUGGUGUGCCGGAACCAGAACUGCAAAGCAGAAUUCUGCUGGGUAUGCCUGGGGCCCUGGGAGCCACACGGCUCUGCUUGGUACAACUGUAAUCGUUACAACGAGGAUGAUGCCAAGGCAGCCCGGGAUGCUCAAGAGCGCUCCAGAGCAGCCCUGCAGAGGUACCUGUUCUACUGCAACCGCUACAUGAACCACAUGCAGAGCCUGCGCUUCGAGCACAAGUUGUACGCCCAGGUCAAACAGAAGAUGGAGGAGAUGCAGCAGCACAACAUGUCAUGGAUCGAGGUGCAGUUCCUGAAGAAGGCCGUGGAUGUGCUGUGCCAGUGCCGCUCCACGCUCAUGUUCACCUACGUCUUUGCAUUCUACCUCAAGAAGAACAACCAGUCUAUCAUCUUCGAGAAUAACCAGGCAGAUCUGGAGAAUGCUACAGAGGUUCUGUCUGGAUACCUGGAACGAGACAUCUCCCAAGAUUCUCUGCAGGACAUUAAGCAGAAAGUACAAGAUAAAUACAGAUACUGUGAGAGCAGACGGAGAGUGCUGCUGCAACACGUACAUGAAGGCUAUGACAAAGACCUGUGGGAGUACAUCGAGGAUUGAGGCUACAUCUCCACACCACAGACUCUUGGAGACAAACUCCACCCAUUAGAGCGCUGAUGCAAUGACAACAGAGCAGCACAGACCUCUGCUGCCUCCUCCCUGGCAAACCGCCCUGCAUUGCAUAAUUUUUCCAGAUUUUUGUUUCAAGGAAAGCAUAAGAGUAAAUUAUAUUUAAAUGAAAAAGUUAGAAUAUUAAAAAUAAAAUAUUACAUGUUCAACAGUAUUGUUAGCAGCGUGAAGCGCAAGACUGAGAAAUCCAACAAAAAGGUGAAAUAUCUUCCUUUUGCUUGCAUUGUAAGAUCUUGCCCUCGGAAAUCUUUUCCCUCCUUAUCAGUUAUGUUUGUGGACGUGUUCUGUUUGACUUUAUUUUAUAUACUCUUUUUGUGUGUGGAAAAUGGACUUUGUUUUCAAAAUGGCUUUAAUCAUUCUGACCAUGUCUGGCGAGAUCCGUGUUUGGGUUGCCGAAUGAUGAUUGGAUGAUUGCAAGGAGGCAAUUUUUUUGGCUUUCAGACGUUAGUGGAAUAGAACACAAAAAAAAAAAAAACACCAAAAAAAAAAAAGAUAAAAUCGGUAUUUUUCAAUUUGUAAAUAAUGCAUAUGCAUGGAAGUUAAAGAGUAAGAGUGGCAUGUGUUUGCAUCAUUUUUAAAAGAUAUUUAUCUUUACAGAUAUAAAAAAAAAAAAAUGUAUAUUUGCUGUGUAGAUUGAGUGUUUUUCCCUAUCUUGGAUCGCCCCUCUGAAGAGGUUUGGACUUGACACAUGCUUGACGUAAAUCGGGAGUCCGUGUCUCUCCCUCCGCUCCUCCCCUUUGCUCCACAGGGCUACAUUCUGCCAAAUCGAGCAGAUCAUGCCAAGGUGGCGCUUUUCUGCCUACUAGGAGUCUUGUGAGAGCUUCUGACUUUACGGUUGGAGGAAAUGGGGAUAGUUUAAUGUUCGCUGCUUUUUCCAAGAGUUCAAAAUUUUAAAACAGAACAGUGGUUUCCUCUGCUCUGCCUCCUUUGCUGUUAUUCUCCUCCCUCCUCUCCUAGGUAGAUUAAGUAUGGUAAUAUGAUUUUUAAGAGUUAUAUGAAUAAUUUCUGAGAGCCAAACUGAGUGACAUUCACUCAUAUAACCUUUUAUAUUUUUUCUUUUUGUCUCUCUGAAGUUCAUUCUUCGAUCCCGACCCCAGCUCGAGGUUCUUUCUCCGCCCGCCCAACAUGCAUGUUGAUGAAAUUGUACUGAUGGGCCUGUUGAGCUGCUUUCUUGACAUCUGUUGUCAAGUGUUCUGACUGAGCCAUUGACAAACAGGGUUAGGCAUUUUCCACAUGAUCGAUUCUUUUGCACACCGCAGAACUAGUAGUCAGAAACCACCAUUAUCUCUGCUGUGAGGUUCCACGCUGCUUUAAUUCAGUUCUUGUACAAUAAUCACGUUUGCACCUGGGGUGGUUUCCAAAGGGCCGUUUGAGUCAUGAUCUAGUUUGCAGGGAAUAUGUAAUGUAACCUUCGUACUGUGAUGUUGCAUUUGUGUACACUUUGUUCAUGCAGAAUUGUACAAAUUGUGUGUGGACGCACCGUGACCAUCAUUGAAGCACUAAGACCCUGUCAUCAGGGGUACAGGGGUGGGGUUCUGGGAUAAACACAGAUGGGACAGUGUCAUUGCAGAUCAAGUUGGCGUAUUCAGACAACACCAAAGUGUCAAUCUCAAACUGAUGAUUUCUUUUUUUUCCCCCCUCACUUUCUGCUGGAAGUGUGACGACUCAUAAUGGCUUUUUGUAUUUUCUUUUAUACUUCAAAUGUGCUCCAUAAAAAUAAAUGUCCUAAAAUGCAUUCUUCAUUCAAUUAAUAGCAUUCUCUUGCGUUUUUGCCUGUUAAUCCUUUUGCUUUGUGUGCUUGGAAUGAUUGCACAUUUUUUUUAUAUAUAAAUAAGUCUUUGUAAUAUGCCGUGGAUGAGUGCUGAGAUGGUCUUCCAGGUAUAAACAUACAUGCUUUGACUAUUUUAAUGAGAAUUGGAUAUUUCUGCAAGAACAAGAAAUAGGAAAAUCUGGGAAGUGUGGCUGUUUAUUUUGUAGGUCCCUGUAGUUUCUAUUACAACGGAACACACGGUGUGAUCUACAAAAACAUGGAAUGGUUAUACUGCCCCUGUAUGCAGCGUUGUGUGUUUAACUGUCCCCUUCCGGUCACUUUGCUUCUCAGUUAACGCCUAUUUGAUCAUGUCUGCUAGUUAAUGAGCAUCCAAAUUUAACAUUCACGGUAACAAAAAGCAGCUACUCUCAUUUUGUUGAGACAUCCAAAAACUUUUAAUACUUUUCUACAUGUAUCCUUUCUUUAUGCGAUUUAAAUUUUUUUUUGAUUUCUUAUAUACAUAGUGUACAAAUGUGUAAGAAAUUAGUUGUUCGUUUUGAAAAAAACAAAUAUUAAAGUGCAAAAUGUUGCAAACAUUGCUUUA